UUCAACGCCUUUUCAGUCAGUUACUAAGGAAAUCCUUAGAGAAUUCAAUGAUUACUGUUAAAUAAAAAUGUCGAACGGAACAAAGCGAGUUUACGACGCUCGCGCUAAAUAUCCCGAUCGUGGCAAAACCACUGAAAAUUCGUUUAGCGUUCUGAAUGUUUCUAUAAAAAAUCUGCAAACUGCCCUAUUGCUGCUUAGCUCCACGGAGGAACCCGUCCUUCAAGCUGUGCUCAGUCAUUUGGCAGAGUUUGCUCGCAAGCAGGAUCUAAAUAUAUUUGAGCUAAAGCAGCAUCUACUGCUGGAGAUUCUAAUUGAUAAGGAACUAUUUAUCAAUGCGGACAGUGUGAUAAUUCGACGUUUUGCUUUAUUUCUCAUCACGGUCAUCUUGGACAACACGGAACUGGGAGAAUAUGAUGCGGAGAAGACGACGCAGCUGCUCGAUGUGGCCUUCAGAUUCUAUUUAAAAGAGGUCGACGAGUUCUGCAUCGAGUAUCUGACCUAUAUAGUAAACUUGUGCCUGCGCGAUCCGAAGGUCGCACAGACUAUAAUUGAGAACAUUGAGUUCCUGGAGAAGUUCAAGAAUAUAUUUGUUAGCUCGGAUAAUCCCGACACGGUUCUUAAUUCCAUUGAGGCAUUGCAUAAGAUUUUGCAAGUUCAGAGCGCCGAGGAGAUGCUAGAGUUUACCACGCUGCCGGGAUUCCCGGUCGAUCGCAUUGUCUGUGAGCUGACCAACGAGUUCCUCGAGAUACGUUUGGCUUCCAUCAAGGUGCUGAAGACGUUGCUGGCCGAUACCAGCGAAGACAGUGUCUUCGAUGGUCUUCAACGUUGUUUCUUUGUGCUACAACAGCUGGUGAAGGCCUUCUGCCUGGAUCCCAAGGCUCCAGAUGCCCUUGGCAUCAUCGAGGUGCUAGCCACUGCCUUGCGUUCGGCGAAAAUGACAAAGCUGUUCUUCGAGCAGAAUCUCUUCGAUCAGAUGGUGGAGAACUUGAAGGAGAUUAUGGAUACUUUGCCAUCCGAGGUUGUCUGUGCCAUCAUCUCGAUAUUCGCUGAGACAGCCAAGUAUCAAAAAUAUCUGCCUCGCAUCCAUCAAGCAGACAUUACGAACAUGUUCAUCAAGUGCCUGAUGAAGAGCAAACACGAGCCUGCUCCCUUUGUUAUCAUGGGUAUCACUCGCCUGAUCGCCCAUCCGGAGGCACUCCGUGCAAUCAUUGGCGAGUAUGCUCAUGGUGCCAUGUUACGGCUAAUUAACUUGUUUCGCGCACCUGAUGUGUCCAUCAAGACACGGGAACAGGCAGCCGAGCUGAUCGGAAGUCUGUUGGUUCACGCAUUCCGCAUCACAGCUGACCAGUUAAUAGAUCUCGACAUAUGUGACGCAUUAACAACUACCCUAAAGCAGGGAUUGCCUGAACUAUCGAUCGAUUUAAUACUGUCGCUGCUGGCGAUUAUCGAGAGUUUGGCUGACAAUGACGAGUAUCGCGCGAUUAUGGGCCAAAAUGUAGCGCUCACUGAACAGAUUGCCCAGCUUCUUAUGCGCUCGUACGCUCACUCAAUAUUGGUCCAUAACAUAUUUCGUUGUCUUUGUACUAUUAUCGAUGAGGAACCCGUUCGUGAGAUUCUACUCGCCAAUUACAUAGUGUCUUCAAUGAAGCGCGCCCUGAAAUCUCUUUCAAAUCUGGUGAAGACAGCUGUUACCAAUUUUAUAUUGCAGACGACACGGUUCAAUGAGUUCGUUGAUGCCUACAUCGAUCGAGGCAUCCUGCAGGUCUUGAUGCUCUUCCAGAAGCAUGCAUUUUGUGUUUCCACGUGGGGUCCGGCAAUCGAGAGCAUUUUAUCCAAGUGCCCGACCAUGAAGUUCUGCAUUCGCAAUUACCUGGGCUUUACGGACAUUACGGCUGGGAAGGAUUUCUAUGUGUCGAAGCGUAAGUUCGACGAUUUCUGUUGCUUUCAGGCCAUAUUGCGAUUCGAUUGCUCGCCGCUAGAGACAGUGCUGGUGGUAAAUUUUGACCGGCCGACAGAAUUAGAAGCAGAUGUAGUCUGUGUGCCCUCACAUUGCCUGCACGCGGCCGACGUUUCGGGCGAUCAGAAGUGGUCAUAUUGCAAGCGGCCAGCUGAUAGAAAGCUGCCUGAAUACCUCGAAGCUCUCAAUGAGACACUGGCCUUGAACGGCCUUGUGGAGAACCCGGACAAAAUCAGACGCAGCAUCGACUUUGAGAAUGUGGCCAAACGCAGCAAGAUUAUAGCCGAAGCUGUGAAUAGCGUCAUGGGCGAGGAUAUCAAGAUCUUGGACAUUAAUACAACGGAAGAGUGCUCCCGCCAUACGGUGCGCUGUCAUCUGGAGCAUCUGCGUCAGGUGUACCACACCAAUUUCAUACCGAUCGGCGAGGUGCGCAGCGGCUGUCAGUUUGAGCGUGCUAUUCUCUUCAAGGCCUUUGCCGAUCAAAUCGGUUUGCCCUGCACGCUGCAGCGCAGUGUCGAUGGUCGCAUGCUCUACAACGAGGUGCCACUGCCUCUCGAAAUGGACAAGGAUGUGCAUUGUGAUCAGAAGACUCUCAAAUUUAUGCCCUGGCGCAUGCUGCGUCCCACUCACAUUGUCGAUCUCAUGUACAACGUAGGCGAACUGUAUCCCAUGCAAAGUCGCCAGGCCUUGCAAUAUUUGCGCCUCUAUUGAGGCCCAAAUGUGUAACAGAUUUCAUUGUUUAUUGAUUAUUCCAAAAUUUUAAUGUGUACCUACUAAUAAAUAACCAGAAUCAAUGGAUUGGGU